AAAAUUUCAUCCAUUUCAUUUUGCUCCGCCGCCUCUUUGCUGAAAGAGAAACAAAGAAAACAUAACCCAAAUCUCUAACUGUAAACAGCAGCAGAUCUAUCAUCUAUGGUUAUGUUCACAGCUAAAUCAUGCUCGAUUCCAACAUCUUCAUCAGCACAAUGAUUUUUCCUCUCAAUAAAGUAAAAUCUUCUUGUGUCAUAUUUUUCUUAGCCCGGUUUCAUCCUCUUGUUUCCGGUCAAUUUACUUUCAUCAGAGUAGUUUCAUCUAGCAUUAACGGGAAUGGCGUUGUCCAGGAAUCUUUUGAUAUUUUUUUCUUAAUUUUUUUUUAAACAAUAUGAAUGAUAAUAAAAUAUGAUAACAUUAUGAUGUUGUUUUAUUUGGUUAGAUUUUAUUUAUUAUUAUGAGAUUUAUUCGUUUAAAAUUGCAUAAUCAGUUUGAUGUUUUGGUCAUAAAGCAUGUUUUUACUUUUCAGUUCAUCCGGUUAAAAUUCCCUUGAGGAAAAUCCUGACAAGAGGAUGGAGCUGGAUGUAAAGGAAAAUCCUGACAAGAGGAUGGUGCUGGAUGUAAAGUACCAGGUGCGACGUAGUUCAAGGCUCAAGCGGAGAGGCGCAUUUUUUUAGGUUAUGGAAUAUUAGGUUAUGGUCUCAGAUCGUGCAGUAGAGAUGGAGGGCUCCGGCGCUCCCGAUUCACCCUUUAGAUGUAUAAUUGUCCCAAGAUCUCGAUUGUUACUAGAGAUUCCAGCUUUACCCGAAAUACUUGUUCUUGAAAAUCCAGAGCAGCUUCAGACAUGUUUCCAAGAAUUUUUGGAUGAUUACACUAGAGCUCGUCAGAAUAAAUCAUCUGAUCCUCGUAAAUUUGCUGAUUGUGAAGGUAAUCUUAUUAGAGUACUUUCAAGGUUCAGAACUUUCAAAUUUGAAUUUCCUGAAUUUUAUUCCCCCGUAUUAAAGCUUCCGGCUAUUCAAUCGAUGAUUAGUUUAUUAGAAGAUGAUGAAUGUGGGAGCCUUUUAGCUAGUUAUAUUCUUAUUACAUUCGAAAAGUUAACUGAUCCGGAUAUUUUAAUAUAUGAUCAACAUGAAGAAGCUACCGUUUUCGUUAAGUCUCUGGUUAAGUCUGAAGCCUUAAACGUAUUUGUUUCUACUCUUGAUAAGUUUCCUGGAUAUGAUGAUGUUUAUUUCCCAGCACUUCAAACAAUUGCGCAGAUGAUAUUUCUUCAUCCAUAUGUAGCAGAUACCGCGGGUAAGCAUACCCAUCUGAUGGAAUGGGUGUUUAAAGCACUAGGAGCUCCCGAAUGGGAUGAACUAAAACAGUAUGUUGUGGGGUUAUUAGAUACUCUUUUGAUGUCUAGUGAGGAAAAUAGACUUCAAUUUGGUAAAUCGGGUGCUGUAACUCUUGUAGUAAAUGCUCUUACAUCCCUUGAAAGUCGUAGCGAAGAACGCCACGCUGGCUUCCAAACUUGUCCUAUUUGUGCAGUUUGUCUUUAUUGUAGAUUUGAUAUCAUCAAGAUAUGAAUUUUAGAUGGUAAACUGUUUUCUGUUUGGAACUGUUGAAAUGGUGUUUCCUUUUUUGAACUUUAUAGGGUCCUAAGGUUUAUUAACAGUGAUAACCAUUAUGGUAAACUCA